UCAGCGAGAGCUGUUGAAAAAUGUUCAAAAUGAUUCAAACUUUGAAAUUCCUUUUCUCGUUAACCAUACUCAGACAGAUUUUUACCAUGAAUGUUCACUUUUCUUGGUCAGAAAAGGUCUUAGAAAACCCUACAAAUUCCUGUAACCAUCUUGCAACGUUUUCGCGUCCAUCGAAGUGCCUGUCAGCGUGCCUUAAUUCCUAUGCCGUACUUCAUGCCGUAGGAUGGGACAGGACGUCACUUUCGUGUAUGUGCUGCCCUAGUCCUUUGUUGGAUUCUGAGGCGGCAAUGCCAGGAAACUGGCAGACCUACGUCAGCGGGAAGUGUCUACCUGGGUACGAACUUGUUGCCCCCAGUACCUGCUAUAAAUAUAACUCCACCUCCGUCAGCUACCCAGUGGCCGACGCCCUGUGUAAGGCCGAGGGAGGGGCCCUUAUUAGAAUAGACUCUGCAGAAAAGAACUCUACGUUUAUAAAUUUUGUCGAAAACCAAGUUGCUGACCCGUCAGUAACAGAAGUGUGGGUUCAGGCCACACGAAAUGGCUCGAACUGGUAUUUUGAUGACAACACACUCAUGGAAUUCGAUAAUUUCGGUGUUGGUGCAAAUAGUAACGGAGAAAAUGAAAUCAGAGCUAGGGCAAGAGGUGCACUACUGUGGAAAUGGCAAGACGCUCAUGAUUUUGAUGUUGACCAAUUCAGCUUUGUUUGUGAAUCAAAGAAGUUGCUGCAUUGGACGACUUAAGAGAUAGAUACAGUAAUAUUGUAAUAAUCUAAAUCAAGACAAUGGAAAC